UUUGGAGAGGACAGAAUUUACAGACAUUUAGAGCCAGCCCUGGCCUUCCAGCUGGAGAUCAACAGACUGAGGAACUUUGACCUGGAGGCCAUUCAGACCAACAACUACAAGAUGCAUCUAUACCUGGGAAAAGCUAAGGUGGCAGCAGGACAGGAAGUGACGGAUUACAGAUUCUUUGUGAGGGUCAUCAUCAGGCACUCUGACCUUGUCACCAAGGAGGCAUCUUUUGAGUACUUACAAAAUGAAGCAGAGAGAACCCUCCUGGAGGCUUUGGAUUCAUUAGAAGUGGCAUUCUCACAUCCACUGUCCAAGAAGACUGACUGUAAUCAUAUAUUCUUGAACUUUGCACCAACUCUGACCAUUCCAGAACCAGGCAAGCUGGAGGAGACCGUCCGAGCUAUGGUGAUGAGAUACGGCAGUCGUCUCAUGAAGAUGAGGGUUCUUAAUGCCGAGCUCAAAUUCACAAUCAAGUUUGCAUCCAGUGAUACAAGCAUUCCUAUUCGUUUAUACCUGACCAAUGAGAGUGGAUAUUACUUGGACAUGAGCAUGUAUAGGGAGGUCACAGAUCCCAACAUGGGACAAGUGAUGUUUGAAGCCUAUGGAACAAAACAAGGGGCCCUUCACGGUCUGCUGAUCAGCACCCCCUACCCCACAAAGGACCACCUACAGCUGAAGAGAUUCCAGGCCCAGUCAAGUGGAACAACUUAUGUCUAUGAUUUUCCAGGAAUGUUCACUCAGGCUUUACAGAAGUUUUGGAAGGAUCACAGGGAGGAGAACAAGAUUCCAGCUGAUGCCUUCAGUUGUAUAGAGCUGGUCCUGGAUAAAGACAACAACCUGUGUAAACAGAACAGACUGCCAGGGGAAAACGAGAUUGGAAUGGUGGCCUGGCAGAUGACCUUGAAGACACCAGAAUGUCCUGAAGGUCGUGACAUCAUUGUUAUAUCUAAUGACAUCACAUACAAGAUUGGCUCAUUUGGACCUGUGGAGGACCUUUUGUUUAAGAAAGCCUCAGAGAAAGCCAGGAGAGAAGGACUUCCCCGAAUCUUUAUCUCGGCUAACAGUGGAGCCAGGAUAGGGCUGGCUGAGGAGAUCAAACAUCUGUUUAAGGUGGCCUGGAAUGACCCCAAAGAUAUAGAAAAGGGAUUUAAAUACCUGUACCUGACCCCUGUAGAUUUCAAGAAAGUUAGUGCCAUGAAUUCCAUCCAUGCUGAACUUAUAGAAGAUGAGGGAGAACCCAGAUACAAAAUUAUUGAUGUCAUAGGUAGAGAGGAAGGACUGGGGGUAGAGAAUUUAAGAGGGUCAGGAAUGAUUGCUGGGGAGUCAUCUAUAGCUUACAACGAUAUAAUUACAAUCAAUUUGGUAACCUGUCGAGCUAUAGGUAUUGGUGCCUAUCUGGUCAGACUGGGACAGAGAACUAUACAAGUGGAGAACUCCCACAUCAUCCUCACUGGUGCAGGUGCACUUAAUAAGGUCCUUGGUAAGGAGGUGUACACCAGUAACAAUCAGCUGGGAGGAAUCCAGAUCAUAUACACAAACGGAGUCACACAUGACGUUACAGCCGACGACUUCGAGGGUGUCUACAAGAUUAUCAAGUGGCUGUCAUACAUGCCUAAGUGUAAAGGCUCCCCAUUACCAGUUCUAGACACGGGGGACCCUAUAGACAGACUGGUGGACUUCAUUCCCACAAAGGCCCCCUACGAUCCCAGGUGGAUGCUCAAUGGCAGACAAAAUCCAGAUGAUAAGAAUUCCUGGCAGAAAGGUUUCUUUGAUCACAAGUCUUUCCAUGAAAUUCUACAGCCUUGGGCACAAACAGUGGUCACAGGUCGAGCAAGGUUGGGAGGGAUCCCUGUGGGGGUGAUUUGUGUAGAGACCAGAACUGUAGAAAUGACCAUACCAGCUGACCCUGCCAAUCUAGACUCAGAGACCAAGGUGAUACAACAAGCUGGUCAGGUAUGGUUCCCUGACUCGGCCUAUAAGACAGCUCAGGCUAUUAAGGACUUCAACAGAGAGGACCUGCCUCUCAUGGUGUUUGCUAACUGGAGAGGAUUCUCAGGCGGAAUGAAAGAUAUGCACGACCAAGUCCUUAAGUUUGGUUCCUACAUUGUGGAUGCCCUCACAGAAUAUAAUCAACCCAUCAUGAUUUACAUCCCCCCAUAUGCAGAGCUGAGGGGUGGAGCCUGGGUAGUGGUGGACCCAACAAUCAACCCCACCCACAUGGAAAUGUAUGCGGAUGAACUCAGCAGGGGAGGUGUCCUUGAGCCAGAGGGAACUGUAGAAAUCAAGUUCAGGAGAAAGGACCUGGAGAAGACCAUACAGAGACUGGACCAGACGUGUCGCCAGAUCGUGGAGAAGCUGACCAGUCCACAGCUGAAUCCGGACGAGAAGGAGGAGCUCCAGAAACAGCUGGCAGCUCGCCAGGAAAAGUUACUCCCCAUGUACCACCAGGUGGCGAUACAGUUCGCUGACCUCCAUGACACUCCCGGGAGAAUGGAGGAAAUGGGUGUUAUUACUGACAUUCUUAAAUGGCAGAAGAGCCGUGAGUUCUUCUACUGGCACCUGAAGAGGCGUCUAUUAGAAAGGCAGCUGAAGAAGAAGAUGAAGCAGUUCACACAGAAUGUUGGGGAGGGGGAGCUCAACUCCAUGUUACAUCGCUGGUUUGUAGAGGACAGGGGCACUGUCAAUGCCUAUCUGUGGGAGGAUGACAAAGCUAUGGUGGAGUGGUUGACAGAACAAAUCCGUGAGGACAGUAUAGACAAUGCUGUAUCAGACAACAUCAGAUGUCUACAGAGGGAGCACGUUCUACAACAAGUCAGGAGUUUGAUACAAAACAAUCCAGAGGUUGCCAUGGAUUCCAUCGUCCACAUCACACAGCACAUGACCUCAAGUCAAAGGUCAGAGGUCUCCAGAAUUCUGGCCAACAUGGACACGUGACAAGAAUGGACAAUUAGAAUCAACAGUGACUGUAUUUAAAAACAUAUCUAUUUAACAAAUCAUAUGAAAUCAUUAGGUGCAAUAUGGAUCAAAUUUGCAUAAAUUGCAUUAUAUGAAAUCCAUAUUUGUCAUUCA